AUGCAGCCAGAGGUAUUUCUUGAUCUAUGUGACAAGAUAGAGAAUCAAUACAAGAUGAAAUCUUCACGAAAUAUGUCGGUGAAAGAGAGUGUUGCAAUAUUUUUGUACAUCUGCGGUCACAAUGCCACUCAGAGAAGCGUCAUGAGAAUGUUUGGACACUCACAAGAGAGCAUAUUUAGAAAGUUUCAUGAAGUUCUUGAUGUCAUGGAACUUAUGGCAAUAGAUAUGUUCAAGCCGGAUCCAACAAAUCUCACUCAAGUCCAUCGAAAGCUGCAGUCAGAUAGACAUUAUGGAUCAAACUUCAAGGGCUGUAUAGGUGCAAUGGAUGGAACACAUGUUCCUGUUAUGGUCUCAGGACGAGAUCAACAACGAUACUGGAACAGGAAAAAUCAAUGCAGCAUGAAUAUUCUAGGAAUAUGCAACUUAGACAUGUUGUUCACAUAUGCAUAUGUUGGUGUGCCUGGGUCUGCUCAUGAUGCAAAGGUUCUAGCAUUGGCUAUGGAAGAUCCUAUUUUUCCGCAUCCACCUUUAGGCAAAUACUAUCUUGUUGAUUCAGGGUAUGCUUUACGUCGUGGAUAUCUGGCACCAUAUAGACAAUCUCGGUACCAUCACGGUCAGUUUCAAAAUCAAGCACCACCCAGCAAUUUCAAAGAAAAAUUUAAUCGUAUUCACUCUUCGAUUCGAUGUGUUAUUGAAAGAACUUUUGGAGUGUGGAAAGGAAAAUGGAGGAUAAUGCAAGAUCGAGCAAGAUAUGACAUUCAAACGACAAGAAAACUUGUGGCAGCAACAAUGACACUGCAUAACUUUGUACGAAAAUCAAGUAUACCAGAUCCUGAUUUUGAAGCAAAUUGGCAGCAAGGGGGCAGCCAUCAAAUAGAUGAAGAGAUUGAAGACCAUGAAGAUGCACAAAUGGUCGAUUCUCGGCAAUACAUGGAAGGCUUUCGAGAUGAGAUUGCAAUGAAUUUAUGGAAUUCUCGUAGAUAA